AUGAGCGAAACCGGCCAACACCGCUUUUAUCGCGGCCACCGUUCGAAAUCCUUCUACCCUCAGGAUGUCAACGAACUCGUUGAGCUACGUGCUCGGUCGAGGACUUUCGACGGAGCAUACGGCCGAAGCGCCAUCUCCAACCUCGGUUACGCCCUGACGAUUUUACGACUGUUCGAUAAACGAUUCUUCAAGAUCGGAAUCCUGUACACAGCGCUCGCCGGAAUACUCUUCAUCCUGGCAUACUUUAGACAGCGGCACUCCAGACACGACUUCGCCGACAACCACCGCAAUCCAGCCGCACACGAGAGCGCGAUAAAGACCGUCGGGCAGACGGGCAAGCGCAUUUUCGGACGGCCGUUCGUCACCGCGGGGUGGAUCGUCGCACUGCUCUCCGUAGUGGUAUUUGCGGUCGAGAUUUGUUUGUUGGUGCUCAUUUUCAAUCUCUGA